GUUAAAAAUGGUCGUGCAACAUUACGAAACACGGAAGCACUGUACAGGUCAGGUACUUAUAAGCUUGCCGUACACAGCAUCUCAAAACCGCCGAAAAAUGCGAAAAAAAUUCACAAUGAAUUUGUUGUUUUUAUUGCGGUCUCCGGUUAUGACUUCUAACCACAUCCUGAAUUGUACAUAG